GGCGGAGCCCGGAUCGGACCCAGCGGCGCACACCCUCCCCGGUCCGCAGAUGGCGGUGCCAGGCGUGGGGCCCGGGUCGGGGCCGCCGCCGGGGCUGGAGGCGGCCCUGCAGAAGCUGGCGCUGCGGCGGAAGAAGGUGCUGAGCGCCGAGGAGAUGGAGCUGUUCGAGCUGGCGCAGGCGGCAGGCGGCGCCAUGGACCCCGACGUAUUCAAGAUCCUGGUGGACUUGUUGAAGCUAAACGUGGCGCCCCUCGCAGUCUUCCAGAUGCUCAAGUCCAUGUGCGCCGGGCAGAGGCUGGCGAGCGAGCCCCAGGACCCCGCGGCGGCGCCCCUGCCCACGCCCAGCGUGCUUGAGACCCGAGCGGCCUCCUUUCUCUCUGCCGAGAACUGUAUCCCCCCCGCAAGGCCCUCCUUUUCCUCGGCCCUGCAGCCUGCGGCCUCUCCAGUUCUGCUCCACGGCCCAGCUGCCUCGCACUCGCCUCUUUCUCCGGGGCCCCCCGGUUCCCUCCGGUUCUCUUGCUGCCUGUUCUCUCCUUUUGCAGGGAGAAACAAAGGCAGUGGUGCCCUUGGCGGAGGCCCGGCGCUGCCAGAACGCAGCGUCCGGGAAGGAUCCAGCCAGAGGAUGCCCCGCCAGCCCAGCGCCACCAGGCUGCCCAAGGGGGGCGGGCCGGGAAAGAGCCCCACGCGGAGCAACACCUGAGCAAGAGGAUUCGCACGGGCCCACCGCGGGCCGCCAGCCUCUCAGACAGGCUGCUCCUCCCAUUGGUAAUAAACCUCUUUGAAAACCUGA